AUGACGCAAUUCAAGACCAAUACCAAAACACACAAGGAAGUUGACCACCUUCUGGGCAUCAAGAUGGAACCGGGUGACUCACUCAAGGCAUACAACACCAAGUAUUGGGAAACAUUCAACGAGAUUCUUGACUGCCCGACCAACCUAGCAAUCACCCAAUACAAGUGCGGUCUCCUAGUCGGACAUAGACUGCGAGACUCGCUCACCAUGAGUCAGCUACUGACCAUGGAGUUGCUAAUGCAACGCAUCAAUGAGCACAUCCGAGUUGAGGAUGAUGCAACCAUAGCUACCACAAAGGUGAAUUCGGUGGCAGUGGACAAAAAGAUGACCGAAAAGGUUCACACGAUCAGACAUGAAGUAAACCGUCUGAACAAGCGCAAGAGAGAAUAUUUCUGUGGCGCUGAUUAUAAUAGUCGGGGUAAGGGUCAGAACAACGACCAAGCUAACUACCCUCGCGAUGUUAUAGAAGACACAAAACAAAAGUUGAACGCCCGAACAGGUAUCACCUCGGCUUUCAAAAUCCCAAUCAACCGCAUACUUAGCAAGAUCUGUGACGAGGCAUACGUCCGGUGGCUGGCUAAGUUAGGCAAUGCACAAAGAGGCUUCAAUCCGAGGUAUCGUUGCACCUACCAUGAUGAGUGUGACCACCGCAUUGAGGACUGUAGACCUUUGAAACAACACUUGGAGGAGUUAGUGGCAACUGACCACCACGACCGUUACAUUAAUAAAGGCGUCAAGGCUACGCCUCAAGCUCAAGCCAAGCCAAAUGGCUUGGCCACCUUUGAUGCACCCCCCAAGGCGUAA